GGGCGCGCUCUCGAGAAGAGGGGUUGCCUGGUGACGUCGGGGCCGCGCUCAGGGGGGUGGGGAAGCUAGCCCAGGCUGUUCAAUGACACAUCCUCUGAGGACUGCUGGGGUCCGGCCCCGGGAGAGGGCGGGGCGCGUUUAAGAGCGGCGGCCCGGGUGCGGACGGCUGCGGCGGCGUGGGACCGGUCCCAGGGGUACAGUAUUCUCCGUGGUCGGUUCGGUUCUGCUGGUGUGGUCCCAGAGAUAGCUGCACCCAGACUGAUUGAGCAGUGUCCUCUCUGUGCUCAUUUUCAGGUGAAUACUGGAAACGUUGUUCUCAGCUCUUCAACUGGGGCUUCUCUCCGUGUGUUGUGACCUUGGAAAACCGGCAGGAUGGCUGCAAACAAGAGUAAGGGCCAGAGCUCCUUGGCCCUCCACAAGGUGAUCAUGGUUGGCAGUGGAGGGGUUGGCAAGUCGGCGCUGACUCUGCAGUUCAUGUAUGACGAGUUUGUGGAAGACUAUGAACCUACCAAAGCUGACAGUUAUAGAAAGAAAGUGGUUCUUGAUGGAGAAGAAGUCCAGAUAGAUAUUUUAGACACUGCUGGACAAGAAGACUAUGCAGCCAUUCGAGACAACUACUUUCGGAGUGGGGAAGGUUUUCUACUGGUGUUCUCAAUCACAGAGCAUGAAUCCUUCACAGCGACUGCCGAAUUCAGGGAACAGAUACUCCGUGUCAAGUCUGAAGAGGAUAAAAUCCCGUUGCUUGUAGUGGGAAACAAGUCUGACUUAGAGGAGCGGAGGCAGGUGCCCAUUGAGGAGGCCAGGAGUAAAGCCGAGGAGUGGGGCGUGCAGUACGUGGAGACGUCGGCUAAGACGCGGGCCAAUGUGGACAAGGUGUUCUUUGACCUAAUGAGAGAAAUCAGAGCAAAGAAGAUGUCAGAAAACAAAGAUAAGAAUGGCAAGAAAAGCAGCAAGAACAAGAAAAGUUUUAAAGAAAGAUGUUGCUUACUGUGAAUGUCGGGGUGGUGGAUGAAGUCAGUUGCCACUUGGACACAGGGCUGGGAUCCGUAAAGAGAAGAGUGCACUUGACUUCCUAGUGCUGCUUCCUGCUCUCCCCAACCUGGUUCAUGCGUACUUCGUUAAAUGGGGAAAAUAUGUGUGACUUGGUGGCUGGUAGAAGAAGUAAGCCUUUGUCCAUGAAUGGACUAGCUGCUUUGUUAGGAGAUUUUGGAGUUUCUUCCCUCCUCCCAAAAGCUUAAAACUACAUCUGUAGUGUUACAGGUAGGAAACAGGCAAGUGUUAAUUACAUAGAAAACGUAUUGUCAUGGUGUCUUACUUUGUCCCUAGUUUUAUAACAUUACCUACCAUCUUUUGUUUUGAAAUAAAAAUGUCUCAUUGCGUUUUGGAAGAGGAGAGUGGAGUAAGACCUCCCCUCCCCCACCUUUAUCAGUUUAGCAGUAGAAAUGAGAAACAUCUAUUAAGCUCUAAUGAUAUUGAAAAAUCCACAGAUUUUUUGGAUAAAUUUCUUGGCAAUACCCUGUAGAGCUGAAGCAUAGCUAAAAAAAUGAAUUUGAAGUGUGCCAAAUAGGUCACUAUCGAGCUUAUGAAUCCUCCUUGUAUGUGAAAAAUGGAAGUUGUUUUCUUCGUAUUUAAGUAUUUGCCAAUUAUAGCCCGUGUUGGCAAUUUUUCUCUUGUAGCAUCCCGAUUUGUGUGUAGGAACUUUUUUGUUAGACUAAGUGAAGACUCAAGAGUAGUGUACUUUAUAAAGUAGUGCACUUUUCUUUUUCUUUUCUUUUUUUUUUUUUUUGAGACAGAGUCUCACUUUGUCAUCUUUGGCAGAGUACUGUGGUGUCAUAGCUCACAGCAACCUCAAACUCUUGAGCUUAAGCAAUUCUUGCCUCAGCCUCCCAAGUAGCUGAGACUACAGGUGCCCACUGCAACACCCGGCUAUUUUUUUAGAGAUGACGUCCCGCUCUGGCUCAGGAUGGUCUCGAACCUGUGAGCUCAGGCAGUCCACCCGCCUCAGCCUCCCAAGUGCUGGGAUUACAGGUGUGAGCCACUGCGCCCAGCCCCAUGACCCACUUUUCUAAUCAGAUUUUUUUUUUUAAAUUCCGUAGCUAGGUCCCUUCCUAAUUGCCCUCCCUGGUUAGGCCCCUCCUUCUCCACUAGUAAUUGAGGCAUCUGUCUUCCUGAUCAAUAUCACUCUGCUGGCAGAGGUCAAGUGAGCCUCUUCUUUUGUUUCAUGGAGUAUCACACAAAUUCUUCUGAAAGAUGGGAUGUGUUAAAAUUGUCUUCUGAAAUCAUGAAGCCAGAGCCUAUGCCAGACCUUCUGCUACCUCUUGUAGAACUGCUCUGUGAUUCCACAUCUAAAAUUAGAGGAAGUGGGGGAAGAUAAGCCAUUGCCCCUUUACUUCUGAGAAUUGGCUGCUAAUAUAAUUCUUUGCUAAGAUAGCCAGAUAGUUAGAAAAAGAUUUUUUUUUGAUGAGAUAUUGUUAAUCUUUCUUACUGUAUCAGUAUUCUAAAUUCAGCAAUCAGAAAAAUUUUCAUCAGAAGGGAGCACUGUGAUAAAAGCCCAAGUACUCAGCAUAUGUUUUCCCCAUUUUUCAGAAGUGACAUUUCAUGUAUGGGUGCCAAAAAUGUAUUGGGAUGGGGAGAGCAGGAAUCUUUGGAAUUUAUGAUUAUUACAGAUGUUAUAGAAAUGAUGAUCUAACUGGAAAGCAAUCUUGUAUCACCUCCCAAAGAAUCAUGGGCUUUUUUUUGAAUAAAAACAAAGCAGACAAAUAGA